CGGCGGCAGCGCGUUCACGACACUUUCGCGAUUGCCGUAAAGAGAGACAGGAUAGAAAGGAGCGGCGGCGCGCCCGGAGCUGGAUGGGCCGCUCGGGAGCGCGCCCAGAGCCCCGCCCGGUCUGCAAGCUACGGGCAUGCUCUGAGCUCCCGGCUGGACAGGCGAAGCCAGCCGGGUAAGAAGCCACCACUUAGAGGAGACAGCACAAGAAGUUACUCUUAUUACCAGUGGCUUUAUAAUAUUUGUGAAAAAAAUUAACUGGAUUUCUGAUUCAUGGAGCUUCGAAGAAACCACAGAAGAUAAGAGAAUUUGUAAAUGGCACAGGUUAGAACAGUUUUGAAGACUGAAAUUUUGUGAACUUGUAAAACAGGUUUGGGUGGAUAAAGAUACCACCUGAGAAUUUGAAGCUGUACAGUCUGCCAUCACUCAGCUUCAAGUUGAAGUUUACAUUAUGGUCUAAAAAACUCAAAGCCACAAAAUUAAAACUUGACCCUGGCUAGUAAUGUGCCUGAAUGGUUUGACAAAAAAGAUCUGCUUGAAAUGUGGUUUCAGCAAGGCCUCAGUUUCCUUCCUAUAGCCCUUGUAAUUUGGACAGCUGCUACUUUCACAUUCUCAUACAUUAUUGCAGUAACACUCCACCAUGUUGACCCUGCUUUGCCUUAUAUCAGUGACACUGGAACAGUGGCUCCAGAAAAGUGCUUGUUUGGGGCAAUGCUAAAUAUCGCUGCAUUUUUAUGCCUUGCUACCAUUUAUGUUCGUUAUAAGCAAGUUCAUGCCUUGAAUCCUGAAGAGAACCUUAUCAUCAAAUUAAACAAGGCUGGCCUUGUACUUGGAAUAUUGAGUUGUUUAGGAGCGUCUCUUGUGGCAAAUUUCCAGCCAAGCAUGUUGGUGCAUCCCUGCAUUUCAAGAUUUGGAAGACUGAGGCCAGGAGGGUUGAUUCAAGUUCGAGGCCAGCCCGGGCUAAAAACAGCCCUUUUUGUUGUACAUGUCAGUGGAGGUGUGCUCACUUUUGGUAUGGGCUCAUUUUAUAUGCUUGUUCAGACCAUCCUUUCCUACCUAAUGCAGCCCAAAAUUCACGGUAAACAAAUCUUCUGGAUCAGACUGCUGUUGCUUAUCUGGUGUGGAGUAAGUGUACUUAGCAUGUUAACUUGCUCAUCAGUUUUAUACAGUGGUGACUUUGGCACAGAUAUAGUACAAAAACUUCAUUGGAACCCUGAGGAGAAAGGUUAUGUGCUUCAUAUGGUCACUACUGCAGCAGAAUGGUCAAUGUCGUUUUCCUUCUUUGGUUUUUUCUUGACUUACAUUCGUGAUUUUCAGAAAAUUUCUUUACAUGUGGAAGCCAAUUUACAUGGACUAACCCUCUAUGACACUGCUCCUUGCCCUGUUAUCAAUGAACGAACACGACUACUUUCCAGAGAAUUUUAAUGAAAGGAUAAAAGGUUCCUUUGAUGUUUAUGAUUCUCAGGGAAAGGGGAAAAGUUCACAAACACUGUUUAUUACACUCUGAAAUUUUCAACCAGUUAAUCAAGGCUAUCUGUGACACUGAUGCAUAUUGAUAAUCAGGAGUCAUAAAGCCAUUUGAUAGUUAUUUUAAAGGAUAUCAUUUAAAAAUAUUUAUACUUAUGCUUUUUAUCCUAGAAAAUAAAACCAAAGGACUACAACAUUGUAAUUUUUUUCUAUUUUAAGAGAACCUGAAGUGUACCAAGCAGUCUGUAUAUCCCAGCCUUUCACAAUUUAUGUCAUUGUUAAAGCAUGUUUUCAUAGGAACGCUUUCAUAAAAGACAGUUUCUAUUACCCCAAA